AGCAUUCAUAAACUCAAAACUGUCUUCUCUCCCAUUUUUUCUACUCUAUUUUUCUGGUUUUAUUCUAUUUGAUGGUUUAUGCAAACAAUUGGCUGGUCACAUGGCAUGAUGUCAUCAUGAUGUAAUGCAAUGAUCAAUUUCCUGGUUUAUGCAAACAAUGGGUUGUUUGCUGGUUUAUGCAAACAGUGAGUUUGACAUCAGAUAAAUGAAACCUAAAUACACAUUAGGAGCUGCUGCCUCUCUUCUUCAUAUUUGGGGAAUUUGACAGAAAAAAAAAUACAGAACAUGGAAAGUGAAAAAACGAGAGAGAGAGAGAGAGAGGGAGAGAGAGAGAGAGCGAGAAAGAGAGAGAGAUUGGCAGAGGAGGGAGUUGCUAGCAGUGGUGCUCCGGCCGGAGAUGGCGGUGGCGGAAAUCUCUCCUUUUCCUCUUCAAUCCAACUUCUUCAAUCACCGUUCGCCAUUAUCGACGGUCCUAAAAGCUCCGCCGCCGGCAAUCCAGAUGAGAUCGUGAAACUGCUUCCAUUUUUGUUCGGACAACUUUCUGCUUCUUUGGUUCCUGCAGAUUCAAGCAAAUCGCUUCCUCAUCGGAAGUUGAAGAUUGGCGUUGUUCUUUCUGGUGAUCAAGCUCCUGGAGGUCACAAUGUCAUAUCUGGAAUUUACGUGGUUUAUGUUGAUGUAAAAGGGAAAGCUACAAAUUCUAGCUUAAGAGGGAGAACAAGUAUGACAGUUGGUGCUUCUAUGGUAUACCAGCCUGAGCUAAAGAAGGAUAAAAGAAAAGGAAAACCACCUGCUCAUCCCAAAAAUCGAGGAAAACUACCGGAAAUAUAUGCAAGCGUCAUUGGUCAGUACAUUGGUGAUACAGUUCUUUUACAGGACAUUAACGAAAAUCAAAUCCAAGUAGCUGUAUUCAAAAAGAACAAUUCACAGAUUUAUUUCACUCAUGGCUGGUCUCGAUUGAAAGAUUUCUAUAACAUCAAUGCCGGCGCUUGGAUUACUCUUUUGUUCAUCAGUCCUUUUGUCUUCUUUAUUCGGGUACCAUACAUUACUGGUGUGGAAAUCACCUAUCCUCAUAGGACUCCCCCAUAUAAACUUGUGUUGGAAAAACCUUUCCUAGAAGCAACUUCAAAUGGACCUAUUCCCUACUUUGUCCUUCCAAAAGUUUUUACCCACAGUCUUGAAAAAACCCUCACUGCUCCUGAUGUUGAGACUGGGACUUUGACAAUCUAUUGGAGAGGUUUCUGUCAAAAUGCACUCCCUAAUGAAGAGACUAAACUCAGAUUAAUUGACUGGCUUGGUAACACCUGGGAUCACUGUGAUUUGAAGUUUGACAAUGGCCCUUAUAUCAGCUGCAAAAUUUCAGGACAAUGGGGAGAUGUUUGCAAGGUACAUAAACUGUCCGAGGGUGUAGUUGUUAAAUUCGGUGUUACUAAGUCAUCUAACAAUAGGACUAUCUACUUUAAGCUAUCCCCUUUCAUUGGUGUUAAAACUACCCUGCAUGCUCCGUCAACAUCCAGCAAUCGGAAGAAAUUCUACCAAAGUCAGUACUAUUAUAUGCUCUAGAUCUCUCUCUAGCUAUCCUUCAACUCUAACUCCUCUAUCUGUUUUGUAACUUAUGCUAUAAUGUACCAAACAAUAUUUAAUUUCCAUCCUUUUUGCCAUUAGUGGAUCUCAAUAUCAAGGUCAUACUCUUUUAAGGACCAUUUUGGUGAUGAAUGUAAGGACAUGUACCAUAAUUACUACUAUUUAACUUUUAAUCCCUAAUGCUUUUUGUUUGUUCAA